AGAAGAAGCCGGAGCGGCACCAGCGAGCGGAGCGGCUAGCAGGAGUCAGCAGCAGGAUAACGGCAUGUCCGCGGCCUCUAAAGUGGUGCUGGGAAUCUCCGUGGUUCUCACCCUCAGCACCGUGGCUGGAGUCCACCUCAAACAGUCCUGGGACCGCGAGCGUCUCCACGAAGGAGUUCUGCGGGACCUGGAGCGCGUGGAGAGGAAGAAGGAGAACCUGCGGAUCCUGGAGGAGCAGAGACUCCUCACCAAGCAGCUGGAGGAGGAGCGGCGGAGGAGGUCCCAGGAGGAGCAGCUCCGCCCUCAGGACAGCUGAUCCAGGUAUGUGACCCCUGAAGAUGGACAGCAGUGCAGAGCAGCGGCUGGCAGCGGGGGGGUCAGAUGAGAUCUCUG